GUGGGAAUAAAAUGGGGUGGGCUAUAGCACUCCAUGGAGGCGCCGGUGACAUCCCACAUUCUCUGCCACCAGACCGCCGCCUCCCUCGUGAAGCUGGUCUCCGCCACUGCCUUGACGUUGGCAUCGCCGCUCUCAAAGCCCAUAAGCACCCUUUGGAUGUUGUUGAACUUGUGGUUCGUGAACUGGAAAACUACCCACAUUUCAAUGCUGGGAAAGGAUCAGUGUUAACUUCAUCAGGCACGGUUGAGAUGGAAGCUUCGAUAAUGGAUGGAAAGAGCAAGAAAUGUGGGGCUGUUUCAGGUCUCAGCACCGUUGUUAAUGCCGUAUCACUGGCAAGGUUAGUCAUGGAGAAAACUCCUCAUAUAUAUCUGGGAUUUCAUGGUGCUGAGGCCUUUGCUAGGGAACAGGGUGUUGAGGCUGCUGACCCCAGCUAUUUUAUCACUCCAGAAAACAUUGAAAGGCUUAAGCAGGCACAAGAUGCUAACAGAGUUCAGAUUGAUUACACCCAACCAGUUCAAAAAGAGGCGAAGGAUGCUGCUGCUACAAUUCCUAAUGGCGAUAGCCAAAUUGGUACGGUUGGAUGUGUGGCGGUGGACAGCGAAGGAAAUCUGGCUUCGGCAACAUCCACUGGUGGACUAGUGAACAAAAUGGCGGGUCGAAUUGGCGAUUCUCCAAUAAUCGGUGCAGGGACUUACGCCAACCAUCUCUGUGCAGUUUCAGCAACCGGAAAAGGCGAAGCCAUGAUCCGUGGCACUGUCGCAAGGGAUGUCGCUGCUGUUAUGGAGUUCAAAGGUCUUUCGCUCAAAGAAGCAGCGGCUUACGUUAUAGACCAAGUUCCGCCGGGCAAUGCUGGGUUGGUCGCUGUGUCAUCGACUGGAGAAAUCGCCACGGUGUUCAAUACUACCGGAAUGUUUCGUGCUUGUGCCAGUGAAGAUGGAUAUUCAGAGGUUGCCAUAUGGGAUUCUCCAUUGAAGUAAGCAAUUAAUAUGCCUUUUAAUUGUUUGCGUUUAUGUCCGUUAGAAAAACUGGGAAAUUGCUCUUAAACAACAUUGAUGAGUUCAUGUAGUUUAUAGACAAGAUUCGGACAUCAUUUGGUUGCAAGUGUGCUAAUAUUUUUUAGGGUAAAUUCCAUAAAUAGUCACUCAUCUUUGGUGAA